GUGAGAGAGGAAACAAAGAGUGGGUAACGGAAGGUGUUGGAGUAUUGAAAAGAAAUGGUGCGGCCAUGGAUGAGAGGCUUGCCGUCAUUGACAAGGCAAUCGUCGAAGCGGAGGCGCUUGAAGAUUUGAGGGUUGAUGAGGCGGGUGGAGCUGAACGAGCCACAGUGGAGGUGGAUGCCGGAGAUGUCACAGCUGGUGGCGCACACGUUCGUGAUCUCCACCGUAUAUGUGGGUAUGCCGUUGGGAAGGGGCGGUGUGGCGCCCUGGUUUAUAACGACAUCAGAUUUUGA